AUGUUGCGAGUGAGGCCCUGCGUAUCGUACAACGUCGUACAGCGUGAUGGCUCCGGGUCUGGUGGCGGUGAUGGUGAUGGAAAUUAUGGUUAUGGUGAUGGUGACGGCGAUGGCUAUGGUUAUGGAGGCAACUACUCCUACGGGACUUAUGGCUACGGCCCGUUCCUUUACGGCUUUUAUGGUUUCUAUGGCUCCUAUGGCUCCUAUGGCUCCUAUGGUUAUAGUUCUGGCGAUGAUUCGGGAGAAUGUGGAGGGGGUCUUUGCUGCGUUGGCAAUCAGCCGGAACGCCAUCCCCCCUACUCGACCAAUGAGGAAUGUGUGAUCAGCGUGGCCAGUGGCAACACCAGGUUCAUCAAAAUGAUGGAUUUUGAAACGGAUGUUGGUGACGUUCUCAUUGUCAACGGUGUCAACUACAGUGGCUACAAUGGUCCAUCAGGCGUCAUCCCCACAGGCGAGAUUAUUUGGUCAACUGAUGACGUGCAAGGCCCUCCUCUGCGGGGAUUCGCUUUUUGCCUCGAUGCACAGGAACCCCCCGUCGCUGAGGCCAACUCGACAUUCGCCUGGAAGGUCCUCAGCGGGAGGUGCGCAGUGGAUACGGAUGGCUGCAUCACGAGUCCGAACUUCCCUGAUCGCUAUGACCAACACGGGUGCACAAUCGGCGUGGACGUGAACAAUACAAAGCGUCUCAGUGUGUCGAACUUUGAGACAGAGACUGGUUAUGACUUCUUGGAGAUCAAUGGCCGCCCGUACUCCGGAACCUACACAUCCGCAGAUGUCUUGGAUCCGCCGCAAGGUCUCAUCAGAUGGGUUGCGGACACGAACUUUGCGCAGCAGGGAUGGAGGCUUUGCCUGACGGAUGAGGUCAGCAACCAGACGACCUGGCGGAGCCAGGACUUUCCGGAGCAGAAGGCCCGAGCCUUCGCUUCGGCUGUUUGGGAUGCCGAAAAGCAGCUCUUGCUGGUCUAUGGAGGACAAGACGCUGCUGCUAGCACUACCACGCACGCAGAUGAGUUUCUGAUAACGGACCCCGUUCUUGUCAAGUACGACUUGAAGUCGUACCAGCAAGAGCAGCUGAUGCACCUCCUGGGCGACUCGGGGCAGGAGAAACGGAGCAUGUUCAGCUGCCAUGCAAAAGUCAAAGAGCCAAGCAGAAAUUGA